UUCAAGCUCGCGAGUGCGAGUCCAAGAUCGGUGGCCGGAGAAGGGACGGGAUGGCCGCGUAGAUCCAUUCGUCGGCGGGAGGACGCGAAUGCAAGAUCUUUCGAAGCUGACCGCUUUGUCUUGACCUGAUGUCGUCUCGCGUCGUUUUUGGGUGUAGAUUGGACGACGCAGCCGAUGACCGCGCCGUCCUGACGCAGAGGCAUCCACACAGGGACGUCAACGAGUGGCGCCUCGCGACGAUUCGGCUCUGGGAAGAGGGCGGCGAAGAGGAGGAUGACAGAGACUUGGGAUAUGACAUCAUGACGAAGGUGCGGCUCUCAUGCAAUAGCCAACCAUCAUCUGAAUGCGCGUUUUUGAUGCUGCACGACAUUGAUGUUUCAGGUGUCCACGACGUACGUGUCUGUCGUCGACGGGGAGCGUGAGACCAUCACAGCCGGCGGGUCCCUGGCCUGGAGAAGAGGUUCGGAGCGCCUCAACUUCCGUUCGGGCGAGUGGAUCAGGUCGAUGAGAGUCGUCUUUGAUGAAGCAGACUACGCCGCCCAUCGCUUCGUCGGCGGUGCGGUGUUCACCACCAGCAGCGGUCGCGCAAUUAGGUGUGGUUGUGUGGGUGAUGACGUGUCGGAGUGGGAGGGCGGUGAAGCGGAUGGAGUAGUGCCAAGAUACCUGAUGAGCGGGCCGACCGAUAGUAUCUACGGAUGCAUCGGGUAAGAGGUUUUAUGGAUAGUCAGAUGCAUCCUGUGUGUGUGGUUGCGUGUCAUGUGCUCGUCAGGGGCGUUGGGUUCUGGCUCGGCAAGCGCGUUCCCGGUGAGAGGAAGGAGCACACGCGUGAGUGUGUGUCCAUGUCCAUGUGGGUUGCGUGCAUGGUCUCGAUCAGAGGUGCUGGGCGAGAACUUCACUCCGGCAGACUUCACCGACCUACCUAGAGGGGUCCAGCGACAGGUGACGCGAUGCCAGCAAUGGACAAACAUCGCCCGUCUGACCAUUUUUUGCGCCACACGUGCCCUGCAGAUCGUCGCCCUUUUCUCGGUGGACAUCUUCCCGGAGUGCGUGCUGCGAGCGAUCGCGUCAUGGGCAUUCCCGACCCCCGCAACCAUACCAGACGAUGAUCGGAUUGACGACGACGACGACGACGACGACUUUACGGAAGACCCAUUCGAGGAUUGAGGCAGGCCAUUUCAUCGGCAGGGUGUACUCUGGAUAGCUUGCUACAUGGGAGGUGGGAAGUGUGUGUCUUGUUUUCGCCGUCUGCUCGGUUUGCAGCUGCAGAAUGCCUAGUACUGGCUGUGCGGGUGGUGUCUUGCGUGUUCGAGCUCUCGCUGAUGUGCUGAGAAGGACAACCAUCGCCGGUUUGUGUUCGUUGAUGUGUGAAGGUGCGUCGUUGCAGACUCGUCUAUCAGUGUGUGUGACACGUUGAGUAUUUCCCUCUUGCCAGUCUGUCUUUCUCUGUCGGUGCUUCAAUGAAAAGAAAAGUAAACCGAACACAUGCAUGUACGACUCAUGUCACUGAGCAG